GGCUUGAUCAUUUGCUCCCCGCGGCGCCCGCUGCUGGCUCGGGUGCUGGGAGAGGCCAUGGUGACUCGGCAAUCCGAGCUUGCAAGCAAGGCGAAAGGUAAGGGGUACCUUACUUUCUGCAGGCAGUUUUACCAGACGCUGAAGAAGGGUGCCCAGCUGAACAAGUUAGAGCCUGGCUGGGUCGACGCCGGCCCGUAUGGCUGGGUGUACCUUCUGAAGGAGGACAAGCUGGUCACCGACAAAGCCCUCCAAGUGAUGCAGUUGACCAAGCCAAUUCCAGACACGGACGGCCCUUUCGUUUCGCUGCCAUCUGACGGCCACAUAAUCCACAGCGGGAACAAGCAUCCCGCGCAGACGGAGCAUUGGCUGCUGGCUACGCGAUGUUGGGGUUGGAACCAAGGUUGGAAGGAGGAUCGCACGCGGGCCGACACGGCUUUUCAUCAGGCAGCCAAAGGUCACCGCGCGCAGGCCAGCGCCGCGCAGGUGGUCGCUUGCAGACCUCUAGACGGAGACCUGGCGGUUGAGAUGCAGGAGCGCCUGGCUCGCGUGGACACAGUGGCGCGCAAGGUGAUGGAGCUCUACACGAAUCAGAAGGGCAAGGACAAGACGGAGUACAACGAUCUGCAGGUGCAGUGCCUGGUGGGCCAGGGGCUGGUGUUUCCGCAGGCCUACGAUGCCCUGACAUGCGUAUGGUGCCGCAAGCAAGAGAAGCUGUUCAGGCUUCAGUCGCUGGCGGCAGUGUUUCAGCACUUCGAGAGCCAGAGUCACGUCAGGUCACAGGACGACGGCGGAGUCACUCACACGCAUCCCGCCCCGCAAGAGCAGCCGCAGGUGGAGCAGGAGCCGACAGACAAGGAGCCAGUCAACGACCCGGCGAGCUCCGGUCUGGAGUGGUCGAGCGACAAGCAUCUCCCCACCAGUGAUGAGCUCAUAGAACUCUCCAAGGAGCAACAGGAAGCAAUUUUGGGUGGAUCGGGCGAUUUGAAACUUGCUGUCCGGAAACGGCGCAUCCUUGCGUAG